GACAGUCAUCCGGGUGCAUGGGAGCAACUGCUGAUGGAGGACGAGUCAAAGUGUUGUGACUGGCUGCUGCAGAUCCUCUGAUGGUAAUGCCCCUCUACAUUUGAAUUGACAAAAAAGUUACAGAAUUUCAGUUCCUUUGUACUUAUGAGAUCUUCAGUCCACGACGAAAAAUUGCAGAGUUCUACUUCGUCAAGAUAGGAGUGAGAUUUCGAUGGGACACGACCAGAUUAUGAUGUUGGACUAGCAAAUUUAGCAGAUGAUGAUGUUGUACAUCAAUUCAGACCCGAGAGACUCCAGUCUGUGCUUCUUCAGUUGUAAAAUUCCCAGAGCGUCAGUGCAACUACAUAUCAGGCCUCCCCCACUGCACCGCCGCCCCGAUCACCAGCCUCCCCGGGCAUGGUACGCAACCCACUCCUUGUGCCACACCGUCCUCCAUGCCCUGCCCCGCGCCACCAGCCGCCGCCUCCCUCCCGCGCAACUUCUCCCAAGGCUUGCGCUCAGCGGCCGCGGGGGGAGCAUCGGGGUCGAGGAUCUUCAUCUCGGCAGUACAACUGCAUGCCUCGUCGACGUUCAUGAAAAGUGUUGCUGUUGUACACUCAACACAGGUGCACGCAGCAAUAAGGGAGAAGCAAUAAGGGAGAAGCGCACAUGAAGCAGGUGAGGAGGUGUGUGUGCGAGAGAUGAUACUCAACUUGUACUGCUGCUGUACUCGCGUGUGAAUGAUUCUUUUUUUUCCUGCUCAUUCUUGUACUGCUUGCCAUAAAAAAACCUGACGACGGAAUACUUGAUAUUUGCGUAUUCUAUCAUCAGUUCAUGGAGAAGAAAUUCUUUUUUCUUCAGUUUGUAUUCUAGCGUGAGUUCUGUGUGUAUUUUUGUUCUCUUUUCUUCAGUCCACAAGAAGAAGAAAAUGUCAGUUCAUGAAUAGAGAAUGUUUGUAUUAAA